AUGGAUCAGGACGGCAGCGACCUCGCCGCUAAGAUACAGUCCAAGAUGCAGGCGAGGAUGCAGAUGGCUAAAGGAAUGAGUGAAGAGGAGAAGCUGUACAGAUACAACGGGGUUCUCUACCCGCUGCUGCUCUGCCCCGAGGAGCAUCUGAAGGCUGUGGAGGGCAUGACGGCCCGGGAGGAUGACGUGCUGCUGGUGGCUUAUCCCAAAUGUGGUUUUAACUGGAUGGUCGGGGUGACGAGGAAGAUCAUUGCAGAGGCCACGGGGGUAAAAAGUAUGUCCAAAAUGCCGCCACUGAUCGAGUUCUUUGGACCAGAAGUCUUACAGGUCGUGGAUCAGAGUCCCUCUCCCAGGUUUCUGGGGACUCACCUGCACCCAGACAACAUCCCUGCUUCCUUCUACGCAAAGAAAACAAAGAUGCUGGUGGUCUUCAGGAACCCUAAAGACACUCUGGUCUCCUAUUAUCACUUCUCCAACAACAGCAACAACCCAGUCCUCCCAUCAGGACAGUCCUGGGAAUCCUUCUACACCAACUUCCUGUCUGGAGACG